AUGGCUCGUAAAUUAUUUGUUGUAGCCCUCAUUUUUGUAGUCAUGAUCAGCAUGGUUAUGGCUGAAGUAGCUCCAUCUACAUCACCUAAAUCAUCACCGUUAUUAGAAUCAGCACCAAAAGCAGCACCAUCAAUAUCAUCAGCACCAAAAGCAUCACCAAAAGCAUCACCAUCACCAUCAUCUUCUCCGAUAGCAUCCCCUUUAGCUCCAUCACUUGCACCUUCAACAUCUGAUAACGAGGAAGGUAUUUCAUCUCCACCAGCACAAGCCAGUGGUCCCAUUGAGCUAUACGCUCCAGGAGCCGCCCCUGUUAAUGAUGAUGGCCUUGCUCCCGAGGUAUCGCCAGCAGCUGACGCGGCUACUGGCGGUGCCUCGGCUAUUCAAUUCUCUGUUGUUGCUGCUUCCACCGUCGCAUUUGUCAGCUUCUUUGCCAUCUAA